AUGAAGCCGACGCCCGAGGAUCUCUCCGUGCGGCUGCGUGACGCUGUGGAUGACACCGACGACACGCCGACCUUCCCAGACGAGCGAGGGCCCAGUUCUGGGCUGAUGCGGCAAGUCCGGGAGUGUUCGCGGCAGCUCUCGCAGGAAGCCAAUGUGGAGGAGAUUUCCAUGGAGUGGACCGACUUGACGUUCACCAUAGGCAGUCACCGGAUCCUCUCCAACAUUACAGGAAUGAUCCAGCCGGGCAAGCUCACAGGCGUUUUUGGCCCGUCGGGCAGCGGGAAGACUACUCUGCUAAACAUUUUGGCUGGGCGCCAAAACACGAAAGCCGGAGGCAUGUCCCUGUCCGGGCAGAUCACCACUGGUGGGGUUCCUGUGGAUCCCGUCAGCUUCCGAUCCAACAUCGCCUACGUCAUGCAGGACGACUCCUUGCUCCCCUUCGAGACACCGAGAGAAUGCCUUUAUUUCUCGGCAUGCCUUCGGCUGCCGCGAAGCGUGACCGAAGAGCAGAGGCACGAGUUCGUCCAGAGCUUGCUCAAUACGCUUCACCUGGAGCGCUGUUCCUCCACGAUCGUUGGGUCGGCGCUCGUCAAGGGCAUUUCGGGAGGUGAGAGAAAGCGUACCUCCGUCGGCAUCGAGCUGAUUACGAACCCCAGGAUGUUGUUCCUCGACGAGCCGCUGAGCGGCCUGGACUCCUACGCCGCCUACACCCUGGUGGUGGCCCUGAAGGAGCUCGCCGAGGCGAACGUCCCCGUUCUCUGCACGGUUCACCAGCCCAGCUCGGAGAUCUUCGCGAAGUUCGACGAUGUGAUCAUCCUCCACGGUGGUGAAGUCACCUACCACGGCCCCGCGGAGCACAUCGCCACGCACUUCGACGUGUUGGGCUACCCAUGCCCAGCAAAUUUCAACCCCGCCGACCACGUGAUGUUUCUGCUGCAGAAGGAGAUGCCAGAGAAGCUGCAGACCAUCAAAACCGCUUGGCUGGAUUCGGGCGCCUUCAAGAAGAUGUACGAUCAGAUCACGAACUUCCGCAGCCAGGGCAAUGCUCGCCCAUCCAGUGUCCUGCCGGAGCAGACGGGCGCCGGCUUCUGCCAGCAGCUGGGCAUGCUCCUGGUCCGAGAGACGCGCGGCACCAUCAGGAAUAAAGGCGUUCUCUUCGCGCGCCUGGGGAUGUCGCUGUUCUUGGCCUGUAUGUAUGGCUGGCUGUUUUCCGGCAGCGCUGCGCAGGGUGACAACAGCCACUCCACAGAGAAGAACUGCGUAUCAAACAACUUCAGCUAUGCCGGCUGCCAAUCUGACUUCCAAGCCCACUUCGGCACGAUCGUUUCGCUCAGCAUUAUGGCCAUGAUGGGAGCUGCGCAGCCCGUCUUGCUGCAGUUCCCACAGGAGCGACCCGUUUUCCUCAGAGAGUAUGCGGCUCACCAGUACGGCGUGGUGCCAUACUUCAUCAGCAAGACCAUCGUUGAGAUGCCUGUGGUCUUACUCUCUCAGAUUGUGACCUUCCUUGUCACCUACUGGUGGAUGGGGCUGCAUGGCAGUGUCCUGCUGCUUGUGCUAGUGUCGUGGGGCCUGGGCGUCGCCUCCUCCUCCCUGGCACUGCUUGUGGGGUGUGGCGUGUCCACGGCACAGAAGGCGAUUCAGCUGGCACCUUUGACGCUGAUCCCGCAGAUGCUGUUUUCCGGUCUCUUCGUGCCUGUGGCGAAGAUCCCGUUGAGCCUGCGGUGGGUGCGCUAUCUGUGCCCGCUGAAGUAUGCGAUCAACUUGAUGACCAUCGUCGAGUUUAGCUAUGUCAAAGAGAGCAUCGACAAUUGCGAGCAAGAGUACUCGCAAGCUCAGUGCAUGACCCAGCAGCCGGGAGACUACCUCCGUCAGCAGCUGGUGCAAACUCAAAGUGUUGAGUGGGACGAGUGGUCCUUCUACCUCGGAGCUCUGGUUGGUCUCUAUGUGCUUUUCCGGCUCAUCGCGAGCAUCCUGCUUUGGCGUGAUCUGCUCCGACAUUGGUUGAGGGAUCAAUCGCCUUUUCUGGGCCCCAAGGUUUCUAUGUACUCCAUAUGA